GUUUUCCAGUUAGAGUGUCUGAAUGGGAAUUUAGCAUUGUCCUUGAAGAUGGAAGUCAGCGACCCAAAAGACCUGGCUCAGUCCCCACCCAAAAGCUACCAGCCAGGCAGGUUUGGUAGAAAGUCUCACUUGAAACGUCCAGAUGGCAGAAACAGCAGGUGUAUUCCACGCAGUGACAAAAUCCACACCCCACCAAAGCAGCGCCAGCAGAGUCCAAGAGCUAACAGUCCAUCAUCACGAGGCUCCUCUCCAAGCCCAAGAUCUCGUUGCAGGUUCAACCUUUCUCGCCACAGCUCAGCUUCAGACCUUGGAAGCCCAGAUGUGAUUAUUGAGGACUUUUUAGAUGAGGGACAAGCCCUCCCGCCAACUGGGCCUGAACUGGCCAGUGACAAACUAAGAAUUAACAGGAGAAGAAAACAUCAGUUCUCUGCUACUAAGAGAAGUGCAGUCACACAGUGGGUGGUGGUAACCCACAUUGUGAAUCCAAGUCAGUUCUAUGUCCAGUCUGUGGCUGAGAGGAGAGAAAGUGAGAUCCUUUCAGACAAAAUCAACCAACUCUGCAGUGGAGAUGGUUGCAGCUUCACUGUAAAGGACACAGUGGAAACAGAAUCCUUGAUCUGUGUAAAGUGGAACGAGGGCCACUGGUGUCGGGCUAGAGUGGUCGAAGUCUUGCAGAAAGGCUCUUUAGAGCCUGUGAAAACCUGUGCAGUCACCCAGCUGGCUAGUAUCCGAGUUUUCUUCCUUGAUCAUGGACUCACAAAAAGCAUCACCAUAAAUAGCGAAGACGGGGCUACUGAGGCUUCACUGAGUGCUGUGAACAACCAGCUGAGAAAAGUGGGUAGAGCCGUAAAAAAUGACUUGGCUCGCUUUGCCCCAAUGGUCAUCAGAUGUUCACUCAAGGACCUGGUGCCUUAUGAUGUG